UGUAAUUGAAAAAUCUGAGAAAAAGGUGGGAAGCAUAAGGAAGGAGUUAGAAGCAUAGCAAUAGCAAGUUGAGAGAGUGUCGUUGUUUAGGGUUCUACUCCUUCAACUAUACACUCUUGUCACUUUUCCGAUCGCGAGCGAAAAUAACAACAUAGGGUUAGGGUUUGGGAUCGUGAUCUUACAGAACAAAAAAUGGCGUUGGCUUUUGACGAUUACGGAAGGCCUUACAUAAUCCUGAAAGAGCAAGAGUCGAAGAACAGACUUAGAGGUCUCGAUGCUCAGAAAGCCAACAUCUCCGCCGGUAAAUCCGUCGCUCGUAUUCUCAGAACUUCUCUCGGUCCUAAAGGCAUGGACAAGAUGCUUCAGAGUCCCGACGGUGACGUCAUCAUCUCAAAUGACGGGGCAACGAUAUUGGAACAGAUGGAUGUUGAUAACCAGAUUGCAAAGCUGAUGGUGGAGUUGUCGAGGAGUCAGGACUAUGAAAUCGGCGAUGGUACUACAGGAGUGGUUGUGUUAGCUGGAUCUCUUCUUGAGCAAGCUGAACGACUUUUGGAACGUGGAAUUCACCCCAUCAGGAUUGCUGAGGGAUAUGAAAUGGCGUCCAGGAUUGCUGUUGAAAAUCUUGAGCGAAUUGCGAAUAAGUUUGAGUUUGGAGAAACUAUUUUGGAGCCUUUGAUUCAGACUUGUAUGACAACUCUGUCGUCGAAAAUAGUAAAUCGGUGCAAGCGUAGCUUGGCUGAGAUUGCUGUCAAAGCUGUUCUUGCUGUUGCUGAUCUAGAGAGAAAAGACGUUAACUUGGAUUUAAUUAAAGUAGAAGGAAAAGUUGGUGGAAAGUUGGAAGAUACCGAGUUGAUAUAUGGAAUCGUUGUUGACAAGGACAUGAGCCAUCCUCAAAUGCCAAAGCAAAUUGAGGAUGCUAAAAUUGCCAUCCUGACUUGCCCAUUUGAGCCACCGAAGCCAAAAACCAAGCAUAAGGUUGAUAUUGAUACAGUGGAGAAGUUCCAGACCUUAAGGAAACAAGAACAGAAAUAUUUUGAUGACAUGGUUCAACAAUGCAAGGAUGUAGGUGCAACCCUUGUUAUCUGCCAAUGGGGUUUUGAUGAUGAAGCAAAUCAUCUCUUGAUGCACAGGAACUUACCAGCUGUUAGAUGGGUCGGUGGUGUUGAGUUGGAAUUGAUUGCCAUAGCAACAGGUGGAAGAAUCGUUCCUCGGUUCCAGGAGUUAACUCCAGAAAAGUUGGGAAAGGCUGGUAUCGUUAGAGAGAAAGCAUUUGGCACAACUAAAGACCGAAUGCUGUACAUUGAGCAUUGUGCCAACUCAAGGGCUGUAACAAUAUUCAUUCGUGGAGGUAACAAAAUGAUUAUUGAGGAGACAAAGCGCAGUAUUCACGAUGCACUGUGUGUGGCUAGAAAUCUUAUUCGCAAUAAUUCAAUUGUCUAUGGUGGUGGUUCAGCCGAGAUAUCUUGCUCCAUUGCCGUGGAGGCAGCUGCUGAUAGAUAUCCUGGAGUAGAACAGUAUGCUAUUAGAGCAUUUGGGGAUGCUUUGGAGUCUAUCCCUAUGGCCCUUGCUGAAAAUAGCGGUCUCCAACCAAUUGAAACGUUAUCUGCUGUGAAGUCUCAGCAAAUAAAGGAUAAUAAUCCUCACUUUGGCAUUGAUUGCAAUGAUGUUGGCACCAACGACAUGCGGGAGCAAAAUGUCUUUGAAACUUUGAUUGGAAAGCAGCAACAGAUCUUGCUCGCUACCCAAGUUGUCAAGAUGAUAUUGAAAAUUGAUGAUGUUAUUUCCCCAUCAGAGUACUAAUAUAUUUAUUUUUGUAAUCAUUGCAUGUCAAGAUGCAGAAUAGCUGAUGGUAUUUGGUUCGGUGGUAUGAUUUUGGUCUGAGUUUGAAUUUUAGCUUGAAGUAAAUUUAUGUAAGAUUUUGGCAUGUUUUUGUAUUAGAAUUGGGCGACUGUCGCAUGUAUUAUGAUACAGCGACUGUUCUUUGUUUGAUGCAUUUAUCUUAAUUUGAAUACGAUGAAUUCGUUUUACUGUA